AUGCUAAAGCGCAAAGCGGUCAGACGUUGUUCUGCACAUUAUUAUGUGACUGCUGAAGAUCAUGUGGAAAACGAAGUAAAACACGAAAAGCUUUUAACAGAAACUUCUCGAUUGUCAUCUUCAUGGGCUGGUCUGAGUGUCUCAUGUAGUGAAUCUAGCGAUAGAGACUGUUCAUCGUCUUCUACAUCUGUGAACAGCAGCCCUAAUCAUCGUCCAAGUUCUUUCAGUGGACCUCUGGUGAUUUCCGUCACUUGUUCUUACCCUAUCUGUCCCGGGGUUAACAACUGUGGUUCUUCUGUUGCCACUGGUUCUGGUAAGGGUAUGCCUUCAAGUCCUCCUCAUUUUUCUCGAUCAUCUUCUUGCUAUCCGUCACCCGUUGCAUCACCUGUCUCUUCACGCGUUCAGUGUUAUUCACCUUCUUUACCAACCUCAACCGUUUCUCCCAAUCCCCGUCGUUUUAGCAAUACCGGUGGUGCAAGUCCUUUGCUUGUUUCAGCUGCGCUUGGACGCAAACGAGGAUAUUUGUCUUGUGUGUCUGGGGGUGCAGGUUCCAGUGAUGAUGCUAGUCGUGAGGGAUCACCAGAAUCUUCGUGUUGUCAUAGAAAUAACAAAUCUUCAUGUCAAAAUGAUGUUCGGAUGUGUAGCAAUGGAACAAAUCCAUAUUCUGAAUUUCCCUAUUUCCGUUGGCCACCAAGUUUACCUGUAGUAUCAAGUCCUUCUAGCCCAUCGUGCCAACUUUUUUCUGUAACUACAAACUCCAGUAGCCCAUCUUCAAUUCCACCUUCUCCUCAUGUCCUGCCCUCAUCUCCUGUAUCUUCUGUUUCUCAUUCUUCAGUACCACCAGGUGUUGUUGAAUGUACACGCUCUCCAAACGACCCUAAUGUCUCUAAUGCAUUAAGUACAAAUGAGAUUACGGAUUCCAUGAUGGACUUAGAUGUUAAAAAGUGUUCUACUACGAAUGAGUCACAUGGAUAG